GGUGCAGCAGCCAUUUUGUCAGCCGCCAGUGGAUCCGCGCGCCGCAGAAGUGCAGUUCCCCCUGGUUACCGGCCCGUCCGUUCUCCCGAGGCGCCGAGGGCGCCGUCGAGGAGCGCUCACCGGAGGCACGGCCGUGCGGGCGCCCAGUGCCUCCCGCCGCCGCAUCCGCCCGGGGCUCGGGCGCUGGCUUCCGCCCUCCUCGCUGACAGGCGCCCCCGGAGCCGCCGUCCGCGAUGUCAAGCGAGGAGAGCUACCGGGCCAUCCUGCGCUACCUGACGAACGAGCGCGAGCCGUACGCUCCGGGCACCGAAGGCAAUGUCAAGCGCAAGAUCCGCAAGGCCGCCGCCUGUUACGUGGUGCGAGGCGGCACCCUGUACUACCAGCGGCGGCAGCGGCACCGCAAGACCUUCGCCGAGCUGGAGGUGGUCCUGCAGCCCGAGCGGCGCCGCGGCCUCAUCGAGGCGGCACACCUGGGCCCCGGCGGCACUCACCACACCCGGCACCAGACCUGGCACGACCUGUCCAAGACCUACUGGUGGCGAGGCAUAUUAAAGCAAGUCAAGGAUUACAUUAAACAGUGUAGCAAAUGCCAGGAGAAACUAGAUCGUUCUCGUCCGAUAUCAGAUACUUCGGAAAUGUUGGAAGAAUUGGGACUAGACCUUGAAUCUGGAGAAGAAAGUAAUGAAUCUGAGGAUGACCUGAGUAACUUUACUUCGCCUCCAAGCACAGCCUCCAAGCCUACCAAAAAGAAGCCGGUCUCCAAACAUGAACUUGUUUUUGUUGACACCAAAGGAGUGGUGAAACGUUCUUCGCCAAAGCACUGUCAGGCCGUCUUAAAACAGCUGAAUGAGCAGAGACUUUCCAAUCAGUUCUGCGAUGUUACUUUGUUGAUUGAAGGAGAAGAGUAUAAAGCUCAUAAAUCUGUCUUGUCAGCUAAUAGUGAAUAUUUUCGAGAUCUUUUUAUUGAAAAAGGAGCUGUUUCCAGUCAUGAAGCUGUAGUGGAUCUUUCUGGUUUUUGUAAGGCCAGCUUCCUUCCUCUGCUGGAAUUUGCCUAUACUUCUGUGCUAAGUUUCGACUUCUGUAGCAUGGCUGAUGUUGCUGUCCUAGCUCGUCAUCUGUUCAUGUCAGAAGUUCUAGAAAUUUGUGAAAGUGUGCAUAAACUAAUGGAGGAGAAGCAGCUAACAGUAUAUAAGAAGGGUGAAGUACAAACAGUUGCUGCCACGCAGGACUUACCAGAACAGAAUGGAGGUACAACCCCUCCUGUGACUAGCAAUGAGGGAACAGCAACAACUUUAUCUACUGGACUUGAGGAUUGUGAAAUUGUACUACUCAUAAAUGGAGAAUUGGUUGAAACUGGACAGAAUGGAGUAGUAGGAAGACAGUCUGGCCCCCAGGUUUCUUCACAGGCCAAAGCUGUCCUUCCAGCUGUGGAGUGUGCGUCUGAUUCCUGUUCAGAAAUGGAAUGUGUUAAUUCAGUAACAAAAAACAACCAAACAGAGCUAGAAGCUUCAAACAUCAGAGAAGAUAGCACAGUUGCUAACCUGCCUUCUAGUCUCUCAAGAGAGACUGUGAUCAGUAGCCCUCCAGAGAAUAGUGACAUGGGAAAUGUUACAUCGACCGGCAAUGACUGUACCGAAGACAUUCCAAAACACGAACACAGCCUUGGACAACCUUUAGAAAAUGUAGAGAAUCCAGUUGCAGUAACAGCAAAGACAGACCUCGGGCCUGAAGAUGAUACCUACCGGAGCAGGCUUAGGCAACGUUCUGUGAACGAAGGAGGGUAUAUUCGACUACACAAAGGCAUGGAAAAAAAACUACAGAAACGAAAAGCCAUUCCCAAGUCAGCGGUUCAACAGGUGGCCCAAAAAUUAGUUCAAAGAGGAAAAAAGAUGAAACCACCAAAAAGGGAUGCUAAAGAGAACACUGAAGAAGCACCCCACAAAUGUGGGGAAUGUGGAAUGGUUUUUCAGAGACGAUAUGCUCUUAUAACACACACACUAAAACAUGAAAGAACUAGAGAUUACAAAUGUCCAUUGUGUAAAAAGCAGUUCCAAUAUAGUGCCUCCUUGCGCGCACACCUUAUCCGACAUACCAGAAAAGAUGCACCCUCUUCGUCCUCUUCCAAUUCUGCAUCUAAUGAGUCAUCGGGAUCAUCAUCUGAGAAGGGCAGAACAAAACGAGAAUUUAUAUGUUCCAUUUGUGGAAGGACAUUGCCUAAGUUAUAUUCACUUCGAAUACACAUGUUAAAGCACACAGGUGUAAAGCCACAUGCGUGCCAGGUCUGUGGAAAGAGUUUUAUCUACAAGCAUGGUCUGAAGUUACACCAGAGUCUACAUCAGACCCAAAAGCAGUUCCAGUGUGAACUUUGUGUUAAAUCAUUCGUUACCAAACGGAGUCUUCAAGAACAUAAGAGUAUUCACACAGGUGAAUCCAAGUACCUUUGCGCAGUCUGUGGAAAGUCUUUUCACAGGGGCUCUGGACUCAGCAAACACUUAAAGAAACAUCAGCCGAAGCCUGAAGUUCGAGGAUAUCAUUGUACCCAAUGUGAGAAAAGUUUCUUUGAAGCCAGAGAUCUUCGUCAGCACAUGAAUAAGCACCUUGGUGUGAAACCAUUCCAGUGCCAAUUUUGUGAUAAGUGCUAUAGUUGGAAAAAAGAUUGGUAUUCCCACGUGAAGUCUCAUUCUGUCACUGAGCCUUAUAGGUGUAAUAUAUGUGGCAAAGAGUUUUAUGAAAAAGCGUUAUUUAGAAGGCAUGUAAAGAAAGCUACUCAUGGAAAAAAAGGAAGAGCAAAGCAAAAUCUGGAACGGGUGUGUGAACAAUGUGGGAAAAAAUUCACUCAGCUGAGAGAGUACAGGAGACACAUGAACAACCACGAAGGCGUUAAACCAUUUGAGUGCUUAACAUGUGGAGUAGCUUGGGCUGAUGCCCGAUCUCUAAAACGCCACGUCAGAACACAUACUGGUGAACGGCCCUAUGUCUGUCCGGUGUGUAGUGAAGCCUACAUAGAUGCUCGAACACUUCGUAAACAUAUGACGAAGUUCCACAGAGACUAUGUGCCUUGCAAAAUUAUGCUGGAAAAAGAUACCCUUCAGUUUCAUAAUCAAGGAACUCAAGUGGAGCAUGCUGUUAGUAUUGUAACCACAGACAUGCAGGAACAAGAAAUUAGUGCUCCUCAGGAACUUGAGACUGUAGUGGUGACAGGAGAAACAGUGGAAGCUCUGGAAGCAGUUGCGGCCACUGAAGAGUGCCCAUCGGUAUCUACACUUUCUGACCAAAGUAUUAUGCAAGUAGUUAAUUAUGUAUUGGCACAGCAGCAGGGACAGAAGCUGUCGGAAGUUGCAGAAGCUAUUCAAACUGUUGAAGUAGAAGUGGCACAUAUAUCAGAAGCAGAAUGAAUGUAGUUAUGAAAAUGAAAAAGAGUGACAGAUAUCUCAUGUAUACUAAACUCACAGAAGAUUUGUUUACAAUACCAUGCAACUGUCUGCUUAGAGUUCCUGUGUCAAGACUCUGGGCUUGGUGAUGUGAUAUUUCUGAACAAUUUGUGCAGUGAAAUCUUUAGAAAGUUUGUUUUCUGUGAAGAAAUUGAAAACAAAUCUACGUAAUGGCAGUGAUUUGUCAUAGUAUUCCUUUUAUGCAUAAAUGGUUAUAAAUGUACUAAAUUUAAGGCUGUACAGUUUCAUUUACAUUUCAGCAUUGUUUCAUUAUAUAUUUUGAGUUUAAAGGUUAGACCAUUUGUUGUGUUUUUUUUUUUUUCUUCUCAAAAUGUAGAGGUUCUGUGAUUUUACCCUGUUUGUGAAUUAAAAAGAAAAUUCUAAUAUAAAACAUUUCAUUAGAUUUAUAGAUAUAAUAGGAUUUUUAAAAAUGCUUUAGAUUGUAAUUUUUGGCUUAUUAUUUAUUUUUAACCCCUCUUAAGUCAGGGAUUGUUUAUUUUGUUUUGAAAGCACUUAAUGAGUUACAUGUUGUAAUCAAGUUUGCACAAUAUACUUAUCUUUAUGGGAAACCCAUAAAAGGAUAGCUAAUUUUUAAUAUGCCAUUAAAAUGCAUGAAAUGCCUGUUGAAGCCUUACUCUGCUUUCUCUUCAAGGCAAUUAACUGACCAUGAGGGAAGAACAUCACUAGUAAACAUUAUUCAUGGAAAAUGUUCCUGGUAAAAUAGGAAAAUAAGUGAAAGGCAAAAAAAGGAAGGUGUUAUUCUGUUAUUAAAGAAUGAGCAAGUUAGGUUUACUGUAUUUUCAGCUGUUGUAUCAUGUUUGUUUAAUUUUGUUGGAAAACUUCAGUUGA